GAGAGAGAGGGAGAGAGAGAGAGAGAGAGAGGGAGAGAGAGAGAGACAGACAGACAGACAGACACCCCCCUCACUGUCAAACCACGACCUAAUCACUGUGUUUAUAACAGUGCAGUCCGACAGCUCACAGACAACAGCCCUGUAAACUGUACUCGCUUCUAACGACUUUAUCCAUUACGGGAUUUCUCUAGGGGGAAGCGAGAGAGUGUGAGAGAGAGAGAGAGAGAGAGAGAGAGAGAGAGAGAGAGAGAGAGAGAGAGAGAGAGAGAGAGAGAGAGAGAGAGGGAAGAAAGAAUUAGAAGGGUAGAAAAACAGAGUUUAACAAGAAGAAAGGAAACGCUCCUUUUUCCCCGCCCUCGCGGAUUAUUUGAAUUAAUAUUAUUGAUUAUACUUCAGUUUAGAAUUUGAAAGAACGACGUGGUUUUGUUUUUAAGUUUGACAUUUAUUUGAGCAGUUUUUUUUUUUAAAUUCAACGUGUCCGGUCUUGUUUAACUUCGUAUUGAUGGAUUUAUUUAACACGACCGGUACCAGUACGUUUGUUUUCAUUCUGUCGGCGUUUGGGUCGCUCUUCCUGAGUUAUUUACCGGUAACCGAAUCCGUCCCGCAGAACUCGGACGCUUUCAGCAAGGGUGUGGACUGGCUGAGCCGCUAUGGGUACCUGCCUCCCCCCGAUCCUCGGACGGGACAGCUCCAGACAAGGGAGGGCAUCGAGAAGGCAAUCCGGGUCAUGCAGAGAUUCGGAGGGAUCCAAGAGACAGGGAAACUGGACUCAGAGACCAUGGCUCUCAUGAAGACGCCUCGCUGCUCGCUGCCGGACAUCAUCGGAACCUCAGAGCUGCUUCGCCGACGGAAACGCUACGCCCUGAGCGGGCUUCUGUGGCGGAAGAAGACACUGAGCUGGAGGGUGCUCUCGUACCCCCAGACUCCUCAGAACCAGGGUCUCCCCCAGGGCACGGUGGACUCCCUCCUGCACUAUGCUCUGAAGCCCUGGGGCGACGUGACCCCGCUACACUUCGAGCGUGCCUCGCCGGGAGGGGGGGACCCCGAUAUCAAGGUGGAGUUCAGCCGCUCCUAUCACGAGGACGGUUACCCCUUCGACGGCCCGGGGGGCACCCUUGCCCACGCCUUCUUCCCUGGAGACCACCCCAUAUCAGGGGACACUCACUUCGAUGAUGAUGAGACCUGGACAUACAUGGCUAACGAUGAUCAGGGCACAGAUCUCUUCACCGUGGCAGUCCAUGAGUUUGGUCACGCCCUGGGGCUGUCUCACUCCUCCUCCUCCCACUCCAUCAUGAAGCCGUACUAUCAGGGUAGCGCGGGGGACCCCGUGAAAUACUCCCUCCCGCAGGAUGACGUGGAGGGGAUACAGCAGCUGUACGGUAAAAAAGACGGACAGAUCACCCCCCCUCCAGAUGCGCGGCCCACCCAGCCCAAGAUUCCAACCUUUCCCCCUGGCCGACCAACCCGUCAGCCUCGCCCGGACCUACCAGAUCGGUGCUCCCAGGGGGGAUUCGACGCCAUCGCAAACAUCAGAGGAGAAGUCUUCUUUUUCAAGAAUAAGUAUUUCUGGCGAGUGCAGCGCUCUGGGUCUCUAGUCUCUCUCGCCCCGGCACUCAUCUCAAAUUUCUGGCACGGGCUCCCGAAGGACCUGCGCAAAAUCGAUGCCGUGUACGAGAGAACAGCUGACAGCAAGAUCAUCUUCUUCAUCGGUGAUGAGUUCUGGCUGUUCUCUGACACUCGCUCCCUACCAGGGUACCCCAAGCCCCUCUCUCUCUGGGGUCUCCCCUCAGGGAGGGUUGAUGGCUCCUUCGUUUGGGCUCACAAUGGAAAGACCUACUUCUUCCGCGGGGCUCAGUUCUGGCGCUACGACGACCGUGAGAAACGCAUGGACACAGGGUACCCCAAACCCAUCAGCCUUUGGCGCGGGAUUCCUGACGACCUCGAUGAUGUCAUCACCUGGGGAGAUGGCGACGCCUACUUCUUCAAGGGAGACCAAUACUGGGUGCAGAAAAAAGGGGGGCUGGACCAGGGAGAGGUGACCCCGAAAUCCGUGCCCAUCGAUUGGAUGAGGUGCCCCCCGCCCCGCACCAGCCCUGCCCCUCCGCAGACCCCACCCAAUCCCAGGGCAGGUUGUAACUGUGACUUGGGCAGCGGAGGGGCGGGUCUUAGAGAGCACAGGCGAUCUCAUUGGCUGCUUACUGUGACCGUUGUGUUCUACUUCCUCCUCCCCUCUUCCACGACCUUUUCCUCGGACUCUCCAGGAAUGAGUUACACGUUUUAAUUACACAGUACAGGAAAUAAAGGCAUAAAAGUAACGCUUUCAAAUAAAUCCCUAACGAAUCCCACAGGAAUCUCCCCUGAACCUCUUCUGCGCUUCCUCUGAGUUCUGAAGUCAUUCGUUUUGAAUCCCUGUUAUUUCAAGUGGGUUUAAUUACCUGGAUUCAUCACAAGCUUCUUGGUAAUACAUGAUCAUCACGUGACUAAGCCCCUGUAUUCAGUAUUGAGGUCACCCCCCUGUAUUCAGUAUUGAGGUCACCCCCCUGUAUUCAGUAUUGAGGUCACCCCCCUGUAUUCAGUAUUGAGAUCACCCCCCUGUAUUCAGUAUUGAGAUCACCCCCCUGUAUUCAGUAUUGAGGUCACCCCCCUGUAUUCAGUAUUAAGAUCACCCCCCUGUAUUCAGUAUUGAGGUCACCCCCCUGUAUUCAGUAUUGAGGUCACCCCCCUGUAUUCAGUAUUGAGGUCACCCCCCUGUAUUCAGUAUUGAGAUCACCCCCCUGUAUUCAGUAUUGAGGUCACCCCCCUGUAUUCAGUAUUGAGGUCACCCCCCUGUAUUCAGUAUUGAGGUCACCCCCCUGUAUUCAGUAUUGAGGUCACCCCCCUGUAUUCAGUAUUAAGACCACCCCCCUGUAUUCAGUAUUGAGAUCACCCCCCUGUAUUCAGUAUUGAGAUCACCCCCCUGUAUUCAGUAUUAAGAUCACCCCCCUGUAUUCAGUACUGAGGUCACCCCCCUGUAUUCAGUAUUGAGAUCACCCCCCUGUAUUCAGUAUUGAGAUCACCCCCUGUAUUCAGUAUUGAGGUCACCCCCCUGUAUUCAGUACUGAGAUCACCCCCCUGUAUUCAGUAUUGAGGUCACCCCCCUGUAUUCAGUAUUAAGACCUCCCCCCUGUAUUCAGUAUUAAGACCUCCCCCCUGUAUUCAGUAUUGAGGUCACCCCCCUGUAUUCAGUAUUAAGACCAGCCCCUGUAUUCAGUAUUGAGAUCACCCCCCUGUAUUCAGUAUUGAGAUCACCCCCCUGUAUUCAGUAUUGAGGUCACCCCCCUGUAUUCAGUAUUGAGAUCACCCCCCUGUAUUCAGUAUUGAGAUCACCCCCCUGUAUUCAGUAUUGAGAUCACCCCCCUGUAUUCAGUAUUGAGAUCACCCCCCUGUAUUCAGUAUUGAGACCACCCCCCUGUAUUCAGUAUUGAGAUCACCCCCCUGUAUUCAGUAUUGAGAUCACCCCCCUGUAUUCAGUACUGAGAUCACCCCCCUGUAUUUCAUAAUUCUUGUUUUGGAAAGUGUGUAUUUUAGUGGUGAUCCGGUACUUUCAGAUUCAGGACCGCGGUGAUCAUAAAAAGUUAAGGGUGGAUGAAAUACAAUAUAAAGUAACCGAGACUGUGAAGCUUGAAGCUUUUGCUCUUUCGCUACGAAGCACAAAAUCACAGGGAUGUAAAUAUGUUCCUUCGUUUUUGUUUUAUUUUUUUCAUUGUACUUGCAGGAGUAACGCUGUACAUUUCCUCUCUUUCCGUACACUGUUGCUGGAAGUUUUCUACAAAGAAACGUUUUUUUUUUUUUAAAACCUGAAAUGUUAAUAAAUAUGAACAAUAAUUAUA